UGAGCCAUGUCAACUGAUCUACAUGGGAUCUGCAAUUUAUCACAAUGAAUAUAUGAUCUUGUGAUCAUUUUUAUCAGCAGGUUUGAUUAUGAUUUAUAAUUAUAAAAAAUCUGCAUUCUUAUAGGAUGUAGUUCUUCCAAAGUAAAACAUUAAAUGUAUGGUGGUUAAAAAUAUCAGCUUAGCUGUAAUAAAUAGAAAUUAGCAUUAAAUCACUUUUGUCUAUGUUCCACAGUACUGAUCAUAAUAGCAGAAGCACAAUAAGAUCCACAGCGCUUUUUUUCUCAGCCAGUAGGGGGCAGAAGUCCAUGCACAAUUUUUUUUAUUGCUCAACAAACUAAACAAUAUUCAAGAUACAAAUCUUAAUAGUUUACAAAUAAGUCCAAAUAGCAGCAUAAAAUAUAAAUAAACAUCACAAACCUAGCUAACAGAAAGAAAAUAAAUACAAAAUAAAAAAAUACACAAAGGGGUUAUCAUCAAAAAAUACCUUAAGAAGAUUAUAUAAUUUAAGGGCUUUUUUGUUAUACACAAGUCUUAACGACAUGAAGAAGAUCAUUAAAUCUUUAUGGAAAAGUACGAAUGAGGAUUCUUAAAUAAUCUGCAUUUGCGUAUGAAGUAAUUGGCAAACAUCACAACAUUGUUCACCAAGAAUUCAUGAUUGUAAUUCAAAGAAAAAGACAAAUAUUUUAUAGUUUUAAAGUUAAAGUCGGGUAUUACAUAUUUCAAACUUAACCAAAUAUAAAGUUCAUCCCAGAAUUUCUUUGUAAAUUUGCAGAAAUAUAAAAAUAAAAGUGCCAAAGACUCUAUGUCUGCUUCACAAAAAGUGCACAAAUUACACUCCAUAUUAAAUCUGUGUCGGAGGAACUCAUUACAAGGAUAAAUAUCAUUAAUAAUUUUAAACUGAACCUCUUUUACCUUUGGAAAAAGUGGAAAAGUGAAAAAUCUUGUUCUAAUUAGUCUAUGCACACAGACAGAAAUUUUAAAGUGUGUACCUUUUGAAGUUAAAGAUGUUCGUUUGUCAUAUGAAUAUUUUUUGGGGGAUAAUGUUGUAUUGCAAGGAUAGUUAAGAAGAUGCAGAAUAAACUCUCGGUAAGCUAUGGGGAAAUACUUUUUUGCUAUAAAGUUUACCCCCUGCUGAAGCUUCUUUUCCUUCCUGAAACAAAGUCUGCCGUUUGUGUGCCGUUGUAAUUCUCUCUGUCAGCAGCAGUGUUCCUCUGUAAGAUUAAAGACAGUACACAGGUUUGCUGUAGUUAACUGUGUUAUGCCGUUGUUUAUUUUAAGAUGAUGUUUUGCUUUAGUAGAAGUAUUAGGAUGAUCAAAGCACAUCUUAAGAUUUUAAUUCUUUAUAGGGUUUUAAGUGGUGUGUUGGUGAAGUCUGGAAAUGUUUUUGAGGGAACAGUGGGACAGACAGCAGUUAUCAGAUGUCCUUUUCCAGAUCUUCACAUAUAUACACCAAAAUACUUUUGCCGUGAUCCGUGUAGUUCAUCCAGAGAUGUUUUGAUUAAAACUGAAAAGAUUGAUGAGGUCGUCUCAGCUGGAAGAUAUUCUGUGAGGAGCACUGCCAAUACAAUGAUCUUCACUGUAACCAUCAGACAUCUGACACUCAAAGACUCUGGUGUUUAUUACUGUGCACUUGAUCAAUGGUUUAGAGACACACUGGAGAAAGUACAGCUGGUUGUCCGUCCAGCUCCUGUGAUUCCUCCUCUGAACACAUUAGCUCCCACCUACAACACAACACACACAUCUGCAGAUCACUCCAGUCUAUCAGAGCAGUUAUUAACAACACCCCAAUGGUCCACAGUCCUGGUUGAAAGCUAUGCAGUUGAUGGGAGUAUGGUUUGGGUUGGUCUUCUCAUGCUGGUAAUGUUUUUGGUUCUUGUGGCUCCAGUGUACUUUAACAGAAGAUCAUGUUCAAAAUCCAAAUUUCAAGAUGCAUCAAACCACAACCAGACCGUAAAAGAUGACGUUCUAUUCUAUGAUAAAACAAUGGUUUGGUAUAGUUUGGUUGAUCCACCUAAGGAUGAUUUCUCUUUGUUAUGUUCUAAUGUGCAGUACUGUGAUCACCUAGAGUGAAUAUUUAAUAACACAUGUUAAUUGAUUAAAUUUGUAGACAUAUUUGGUUGUAAUAAAAAAAUCACAGAUUAUUUUAUUUGUUUUCUUUUAAAUGAAAUGGUUGUAAUUGAUGUAAUCAGUUUGUCUGUGAAAAAGCUUAAUCUGUCUUCAUAUUGCAAUGCCACUUAUUUCCUGCUUGCUGAUCUGCUCACUAUUCAACACACACACAGUACGUUUUUGACAGUUUUUCUUAGACAAUAGUUCAAUAAAAUGAGCAGCCAACUCUGGUGUGGAAAGUACUCAUAUAUUGUAU